AUGAAUCCUCAAGCUUUCGCGCAGGCCAUGUCAUUCAUAUCUACACCGGACGGCAUGCAGUCUAUGGCCGCAUUUACGCAGCACAUGUCUUCGACGACGAAUGGCGCACCGCAGUACCAACAGUCUCCUCCAUCCACACAGAGCCACGCACCGCGCUACGCGCCCGGACAACAGGCAGGCCAGAAGCGAAAGCGCCCUGAGCACAAUAUGAAUGCGCCGCCUAUACCGCCCAAGAAAGCACAGUCGGGGCCAAAGCCUCCACGAGCAAAGGCGGCGGUGCCGCCACCGGUGCCGAGCUUCGGCUUCUCGCUGCCAACACCAGCUGCCCUGGCGUCGAAACCAGACAGCAGAAGAGAUCCAAAGAAGCGCGUCAACCUCGGCCUCAGCGAGCAGAAUGUUCUGGACAACAGCAGCAGCGGAGAAGAAGAAGUCGACGAGGAGGCGGCAUUCGCAGAUAAGACCAAGGUCGAGGGCGUUGCAUUCGAACACAACGGGGAGAUGAUCUCGCUGCAGACCGUCGCAGACGUGCAGGCAUACAUCAAGGACCGGCGGAGAAACUACCCGACCCAGCAACGUAUAGCCGAGAAGAUGCAGGAGGCUGCUGCGAGGCGCGAGCACGAACUCGAGUUCCUCCACCGCGUGAAGGGCAAACCCAGGAAAGCCGCAGCAGAGACGCGACCCGCGAAACCACCAAACCCCAAGCGACAACCGAAGAAAGUCGACACCAAGAAGCAAGAGGAACUCGCAGCUCUACGUAAGAAACUGCACGAAAGCAUGAUGGCCAAGCACCGCCCGCCCACGAACCUCCUCGGCGCCGGCUACGACAGCGAAACCGCCUCGGACGUCUCGAGCUCGCUCCUAUCCGACUCGUCGGUCCUAUCCGACUCGUCGGACGACUCUUCAGAGGACUCGGACGAAGAGGAAAGCGACUCGGACGCACCGCCAGAACCCACAUCCUCCAAAGCACUUCCCCUGCCCAUGGCCAUACCGGCUCCAGCGCCCGUGUCCACGCCACCGAGCCAGGUGUGCAAGAACUGGAGUCGCAGCGGGAAAUGCAGGUUCGGCCGGGGAUGUCGGUGGGCGCACCCCCCCGCGGAACAAGGCGGGGUGGUGCAAGGGCGCGAGUCGGAGAAGAGGAGGGAGAAGAAGACGAUGACGCUGCGCGAGAAACUGGUGGAGCAGGAGCUUGAAAAACGGGACCGGUUGGCACUCGAUGUCAUCAAGUACCUGGGCGCAAACGGGUUUUUAUUCUAG